AUGAUGGCAACUAACGCUUCCUCGCAGCCUACGUGCCAAAACUGCGGCACCUCACGAACACCACUAUGGCGCCGCGACGAGUUUGGCUCCGUGCUUUGCAACGCAUGCGGCCUCUUUCUGAAGCUGCAUGGUCGCCCGCGACCAGCCUCUUUGAAGACUGAUGUAAUCAAGAGCCGCAAUCGUGUCAAGACUAUGCGCCCUGAUCUAGUAUCGAAGAAAAAGGGCUUCGGAAUGGUUGGCGACACCAACGGCGCCGAGCAUGCUGCAGCUCAAGCAGCCGAGGCUAUGCGCCGCUCCAAGGCCAACGGCACCGACGGACUCGACUCUCGAAAUGGCGCCUCGAUGUACAACAACUCUCUUUCGUCCUUCAUGGUGGACGAUGCAACAUACCAGCAGGCCGUGUCUGGCUAUAACGGAGACGCCCAGAAUGGCGACCGCGGCUCCGACGGACCUCAAACACAAGAGCAACUCAUCGCGCAGAACUCGAGCCUCAAGACGCGCGUCAGCGAACUGGAAGUAAUAAACGAACUCUUUCGCGGUCGACUCAGCCAGCUGGAGCAGCAGGAGGCCGCUGCCAGGCACGGACAGGAGAUCGCCGGGGCUGAGCAGACGCAACUGCGCACACUUCUCGAAACGACGCAGUCGAACGAAUCGCAGCUUCGCGACCAACUAGAAGACAGUCACAGACGCGAAAACAAUCUGAAGCGUCGCCUGGACGAACUGGAGCUGGAGUUCAACGCUACCAAGCAAGUGGCUGGCGAAGAGGCAGAGCGUCCGGCUAAGAAACCCCGUGCCGAGUUCUAUACUGCAGAGCCUUCAAGCGAGGUUAGGGACGAGGCUGCCACCGAGUCUAUUAAAGAGCCUAGUGCAGAUGCUGACGAGGAGGAAACGGAGGACCCGGCAGCUGCGCUGGAGAGCGUCGAGGAUUCUGCGUAA